AUGCUUCCCGCACAGAAGAACAAAGUUGACAUCAGCUCUCUCACAGAGGAAGAACAAAGAUUGUUCCGUCUUUAUGGAAAAUUGCCUUCAAAGAAAGAUAUCUUGAAGAACAAGCUGAAAGAACGCAAAUACUUCGAUUCGGGCGAUUAUGCUCUCUCCAAAGCCGGGAAGGCCUCCGAUGUCGGCGUAACCAACAUCGGCUCUCAGCACCCCCUCCCCGAAAACAUCCCCCACCACCAGGUCACCAGUCCUGGUACUCCGACUGGUAGCGGUAGCUCAAGCUCGCCGGUUAAGGAGAGUAGCCUUCUUCACGCGAAGUCCCCCAUGGGCUCCCAGCAGCCGAUCGAAGGCGAGGAGCUCAGCAGCGCAAACAGCGCAGAAGAGGAGGGUAAAGCAGCUGCGGAGCAGACAGCACCAGAGGGAAGCUCGACUGAAACAAAUGCUGUACCCAUUCCAUCCAAUUAA